AUGAGUUAUGCGGCAAUUUUUGCACAUUUAUCCAAAUACGUUCGUGGAUGCUACUACACUAAUUGGGCGCAAUAUCGACAUGGAGUAGGCAAAUUUCUCCCGGAAGAUAUCCCAAAAGGCCUAUGCACUCAUAUUCUUUAUGCAUUCGCCAAAGUUAACGAGGAAGGCAAAUCAUUAGCAUACGAAUGGAAUGAUGAAGAUAACGAAUGGUUAGAAGGGAUGUACUCACGUGUGAUGAAGCUGAAAAUGAACGAUCCAGCACUGAAAAUUCUUCUUUCCUAUGGUGGUUACAAUUUCGGAUCAUCAACCUUCACUGCAAUUGCAAGGUCAGAGGAAAAGCGGAAAUAUUUCAUUCAAUCAGCUAUAGAGUUUCUCCGCAAGCAUAAAUUUGAUGGAUUCGAUUUGGACUGGGAAUAUCCAACCGAUGUGGCUGAGGAACAUGCCAAACUUGUUGAGGAAUUGAAAGCAGCGUUUGUGGAAGAAGCCAAGAAGUCUGGCAAGCAACAAUUACUUCUUACUGCCGCUGUAUCAGCCGGGAAAGCGACUAUUGAUCAAAGCUACAAUAUUCAGUCGCUUGGAAAAAAUUUCGACCUAAUAUUUCUGAUGUCGUAUGAUUUACAUGGCACUUGGGAGAAGAAUGUCAACUUACACGGGAAAUUGUAUCCAACAGGCGGGAAAAAUUCUGGAACUGAUGUCUUGAAUACCGAAUUUGCAGCAAAUUAUUGGGCAAGUAAGGGUAUGCCGAAGCAGAAAAUUAUCAUUGGAAUUCCGACUUAUAGCCGUGGAUGGACAUUAGACAAUCCUUCAGACACAGCGAUUGGAGCAGGAGGUAGUCGUCCGUCGUCAGCAUCGGCAACAUAUCCCUCUGGCGGUGCUGCAGCUUAUUGGGAGAUAUGCAAAUAUUUGAAAGAAGGUGGCAAAGAAACGAUCGAUAAACGAAGUGUUGGAGCGUAUAUGGUAAAAGGAAAUCAAUGGCACGGUUAUGAUAAUGAGGAAACUAUCAAAAUUAAAAUGAGAUGGCUCAAAGAAAAAGGUUAUGGCGGUGCUUUUAUAUGGACUCUUGAUUUCGAUGAUUUCAAGGGUAGAAGUUGUGGCAAAGGUCCAUAUCCGUUAAUGAAUGUUAUCAAUAGUGAGCUUCGAGAUGGCUUCAUAGUUUGGGUGAAGAAUUUGUUACCAUUUCGUAAUAAUUUAUUGUAUGAUAGAAAAAUGCCGCUAUCAUCAACGUUGGCAAUAAAAAGAACGCAAAUGACUUCAGGAAGUAAUGAAAUUAAAAUGACGAUAGAUAGUGCUCUGAAGACCAAAAAUAUUAAAAUUGAAAAGAUUGGAAGCGAUCUUGAGACAGUAUCGGAAUCUUCUGGUAUGAAAUGUUUCGAAUCUAACGGUUUGUUUCCGCAUCCAAAUGAUUGCCACUUAUUCAUUCAUUGUGCAAAUAACUAUCCACACGUGAAACAAUGUCCGCAACGUACCUUUUUUAAUAAUAAUGUCAAAGUUUGCGAUCAUUUGGUAAAUGCGCCUGUUACAUGCAAAUAA